AUGGUCGAGCUGGUCUUUUGGAGCAUUCUGGAGCAUAUGGGACGUGAGGAGCAUGGAAGGACUUGGUGCAUGGACGCAGCUCAACUGGACACGCAAAGGAAGAAGGAGGAAGCCAUCUUGAAGACCAGCUCGACCUACUCGACCAACCGGUCGAGUUCCUCAACUCGACCGGCCAAGCUUCAACUCGAUCGAGCUGGAAGUCAAAGUCAAACCCGAAAAAUGUUGCUUCCCCCUUGA